CAGACAGAAAGACAGACAGACACACCGUGGUCCACAGACACAGACCAGGAAGUCACCUACCAGCUAACUUCACAGUAAAAAUACGAAAGCUGAUGCAACCAGGUCUGGGCAGUUUCCUGCGGAGGGUUGGUUGUUUAGGAAGUGGUAGUCCCUCCACAGCCUUACUGUGUCAGCAACACCGGCGCUUCUUCUGGAGGAAGUGGAAAAGUUCUCACAAUGUGGUUCGUCCAGCUGCAGUAAGGCCUCCCUACGCAGUACCAAAGCAUAUUUUACGGCCUGACUAUGUCAGCACUGGAUUGGUCCCAGAGUGGCCAGACUACAUAGAGAUCAAAGACCAAGAGCAGAUCGAAGGCCUGACUAGAGCGUGUCAGCUAGCGAGACACGUGCUGCUGCUGGCUGGACGCAGUCUGAAAGUUGGCAUGACAACGGAUGAAAUAGACUUCAUCGUGCACCAGGAGACAAUCAAGCACAAUGCCUACCCAUCCCCUCUCAGAUACGGAGGUUUCCCCAAGUCAGUCUGCACAUCUGUGAACAACGUGAUCUGUCAUGGGAUACCUGACAGUCGGCAACUUGAAGAUGGAGAUAUCAUCAACAUUGACGUCACUGUGUAUUUGGAAGGUUACCAUGGUGACACCUCAGAAACCUACUUGGUUGGUCAGGUGGAUGAGGUUGGCCAGCGACUCGUGGAAACAGCCCGGCGAUGCAGAGACGAGGCUAUUGCCGCUUGCAAACCAGGUGUAGAGCUGUGUGUUAUAGGAAACACUAUCAGUGAAAUAGCCCAAGCGAACGGCUUCCUUGUGUGCCCGUAUUUCAUUGGACAUGGGAUAGGCUCCUACUUUCACUGCCAUCCUGAGAUCUGGCACCACGCUAACGACAACGACAUAGUCAUGGAUGAAGGGAUGGCUUUCACAAUAGAGCCCAUAAUAAUGGAGGGGUCAGCGGAGUUCAGAGUCCUGAAGGACAAGUGGACCGCGGUGUCUGUAGAUGAUAAAAGGUCGGCUCAGUUUGAACACACGGUGGUCAUCACAUCUGACGGCGUGGACGUUCUCACCAAGCUGGAGGGAGAGAGCUGAGGGAGCUGACCUGUACAGCACAUCAACUAAAAAACCUUUUGUGAAAACAAAACACUUAUAAACUGGUUAUAAACUGGUGAUGCACCUGCUCUCAUGUGAAGCAAGUAUGCAUCCUUCAGACUGUAAAAUAUGAAAAAGGGGCUUUUUGUUUAUUACCUCAGCAUUGCAUACUGUAAAUGUAGUUUGGUGUAGGAGGAACAUGGCUGCAGUCAUCUCAUUAUUGUUAUUUUUUUUUAGUUUUAUGCAUGUGUGUGUAUUUAUAGUGUCAUAAUAGGGAUCGGGGGGGGGGGGGGGUCUUAAAGCCACACCCACCAAGGUAUUUAUAUUUAUCAUUCGCCAAAUAUUUACAAAUAUUUCCCUUCUAUUGUUUAAAUGCUGGCGCAGAAGAGAAAGCUAAAUAAUGCUUAAUUAUAUGCUAUAUAUUUUUCUUAAAAUCAAAUUUAUAUUUUUUAAAUCCUCCAAAUUAAAAGAAGACACAAGUGACAGUCACGGCUUUCAUUUAAAUUCACCACACAUUGUGUUUGUGUUUCACAGUCAUGAAAUAAUAAAACUGUGUAUUAGAUAUUUAACACUUAAACCGGUGACAUUUCAUGUAGUCGAGUAGAGCCAGCAGGUGGCAGCACACACCAUCAGACAUAACAUUGUGCUAAGGGAGACCAACACAAUAAUAUUGUUUUGGUCUCCCUUGCGCCUCCUAAACAGUUGUGACUCAUCAGAGAAUGGACAUGGACCUCCUGAGGGUGUCCUGUGGUGUCUGGCAACAUGUCUGGUCUGGUCUAGGUGGGUGCUACAUUGUCAUAACACAGUGUUAUUUCCUUCUCCUGCCAGUGGUCAUCAUGUUAUGCCUGGUUGGUGUAAAGCUGUCAAAGGUUUCAUGUCCUAGUCAUGAAAGAAGAGCACACAGCUGUAAAUCGGUGUGUGUUUAAGCCUGGUUCAUGUCUUUAACGUUCAUGUGACAUCAGCCUAAAGCAACUGUAAUUAAUUGCUGUCAAAAAUCUCCUCCUUAGGCCAACUUAACGUCUCAGUUUUGGCUACAGUUUUGGUAAUAAUAAAUAUAAUUCACUGACACGGCGAACCCCUCAACGCAGCAAAGAAAUGACAGUGCAGAAAUAUUUGGUACAGAUCCUUUUUCUGUUUCUGUAAAGAUGGUUACAAGGUCAUUGGACCUUUACUAGGCCCAGUAGAGUUUCAAUAACAGUUACUUUGUCUACAUGCUGGACUGCAGUUUGUAGGAUGUGUGUGGAUUAAAGUUUGUCAUUCAACAUUA